AAAAAUCAACUCCGCGUUACUACUGGCUCUUCACUGAAAGUAAGAAACUACAACAGAAAAAACAGCCAAUCGUAAAGCAGUGCAUGUGUUUAUUAACGCUUUGAUUGGCCAGUUGCUUGUCAAUGGGCGGUUUAUAUCUCAGAGGUCACAAGCAUGGCGCUGUCCGUAUUGAAUAUACACACCGCAUCUAUGAGUCGGCUUAGGAGUUUUUAAAUGAACUUCGGGUUCGACCCAACUAAUUAUUAUUUAUCUGAUUAAUGAAAUUAUUCCUGACGGAUAUUUUUUAGUUUUUCAACUAUGUCUAGUUCAAAUGUUUGGAGUCGCAGCAGAGAGAGAAUGAGACUCUUCCCAGAGCUGUUGGCUCAGUGUUCAGGAGAGGCAGCUGCUUAUGGUAAAUGUGUGGCCUCCACAACCACUGGCAACCAGGAGCUGACCAAAAACAUGUGUGUCAAAGAAUUUGAAGCACUGAAAAGCUGCUUUCAAUCAGCUGCAAAAAAGAGAUUAAAGUGAAGACCAUCACGAAUAUAUAUGUUGACUUUGACAGUGUUAGAGAUCAUUAUAAUUUGACAGUUAUAUCUAUGUCCUUUUUUAAUAUUAGCUUUUGUCUUUUCUCUCUUUGUAAAUAUACGUACAUCUAUAAUAAUGUGUUUCGGAUGGAUAAUUGUACUGUUCAGAAAGCCACAAUGAAGUGACUUUAUUAAAAAAAAAAAAAGUGA